AUGGAGGUUAGACCCAACUUUCAUAAUGGCACACAGGUAAAACCCUCCACCUGCGUCGUGCUGCUCCUGCACAUGCCGCUUGGCGAGGUCUCCUUCGCCAGGCUCGGCGAUGACAGCUGGACCUGGGUCGCGCCGGGUGACAGCACGGCCCUCCCGUGGAGGGACUUCUACUGCGAUGCCAUGUACAGCGACGUCGACGGCUUGUUCUAUCUGCUCCGACAGGAUGCCUCCAUGUGCAGUUUGGACUUUAACGGGCCUUUGCCGGUGGCUAGGAAGAUCCUGAGCGGCGUGCCCAAAUCGGCCAAGUCGGCAUACCUCGUCCAGACACCGGCCGGUGACAUCUUGCAGGUCUGGAGGUGGAGGAUGUACGAGGAGUCCCUAACACCGGUGGACCUUCCACCGGACUUCGUUGAUGAGGAUGAGGUGCAGGACCCGUUUGCUGAGGUGAAGACGACUGACUUGGAGCUCUACAAGGUUGAUGUCCGUGGCCAGAGGUUGGAGACGAUUAGGAGCUUGCCGGACUAUGCAUUGUUUCUUGGGUUCAAUGGCUCGAUGUGCCUUCCGGCUAGGGAUUUCCCUGGUUUAAAGCCUGAUUGUGCUUACGUUACCGAUGAUUUCGUGGAGUAUGUUAAUGUCUUGAAGUAUAAUUGA